CCCGGUGCGGGCCCAAGGGAGGCCUCGUGCAGCUGGCAGCCCCGCCCCGGCGCCCGCCGGCUGUUCUCGCGGGUCCGGACCGCGAGCGCGGGGGCCGACGGGUCGCCGCGGCGCCGGGCAGGGUGGGGAACGGAUGGCGUUCACCGCGCUGCUACAGGCCGGCCUGGCGCGGGUGCUCUUUUACCCGACGCUGCUCUACACCCUGUUCCGGGGAAAGGUGCCAGGUCGGGCGCACAGGAACUGGUACCACCGCAUUGACCACACAGUGCUGCUGGGGGCGCUGCCGUUGCGGAAAAUGACGCGCCAGCUGGUACAGGACGAGAACGUGCGCGGGGUGAUCACCAUGAACGAGGAGUAUGAGACAAGGUUCCUGUGCAACUCUUCACAGGAGUGGAAGAGACUUGGAGUCGAGCAGCUGCGGCUCAGCACAGUAGACAUGACUGGGAUCCCCACUUUGGCCAACCUCCAGAAGGGAGUCCAAUUUGCUCUCAAGUACCAGUCGCUGGGCCAGUGUGUCUACGUGCAUUGUAAGGCUGGGCGUUCCAGGAGUGCCACUAUGGUGGCAGCAUACCUGAUUCAGGUGCACAAGUGGAGUCCAGAGGAGGCUGUAAGAGCCAUCGCCAAGAUCCGAUCACACAUCCACAUCAGGCGUGGCCAACUGGAUGUUCUUAAAGAGUUCCACAAGCAGAUUACUGCAGGGGCAGCAAAGGAUGGGACUUUUGACGUUCAAAGACAUGAUGUAUAUGGAUUAGAAAGAACUCAAGACAAUCCUGCUUGAUACAUAAUUAAAAAGUUAACAGGAUCAACUGGGCUUAAGCCCAGAUUUGAUAUAACAGAAAUGUACCAAUAGGUAACAGGUAAUUUUGCUUCCUCUGUCUUAUUUCAUUUUCCUGAAAUGACAUUGUUGUGCGGCUAGAAAGGAAAA